AUGACAAUGGAGGCUGCGACAGCAUCAGAGAACCCAAAGUCUUUGCCUACGCUUCCAUCCCCGCCGUCGGUGCGCCAGCUGCCGCCCUCAGAACGCCCGCCGUCUCUCCCUCCUCCCCGGACAUACGACAGCUCUUGGGUACGUUCAUAUCAUCCUUACGAGAACGCAGAUCAACGAGCGCCGUCUUCCUACUCUGCUUCUCCCCGGGAAGGUCCCCAUAUGGCGGAAUCAUACGGCAGGCCCGGAAAUAGCAUAACACCCACUUCCAGAACACCCAACGGUACAUUUAGACCGGUCAAUGGUGCCCAUGAUGGCAACCCAAAUCCUCCUAAUAACUAUCAACCUCCAAACGACUUCCAUAGCCGGCCGGGUAGCUAUGGCGCUGACAACGGCCAUCCAAAUGGAGAACAUCACAGUUUGCAGAUGAUUUCACCUGUCGAUGGCAUGCAGCCACCAUCGUCCUCAAACCGGCCAUAUCCUCCUAGCACACCGAUAUCUCAGACACACAACCCAUACGACCAGAAUAAUUACUUCCUUAACCAAGCUAAUUCACAGGCGCAGUCGCAGGCUCAACGGCAGCGCCGAACCACGCGCGCGCAGCAGGCCUGCGAUCAAUGUCGUGCGCGAAAAGCUAAAUGUGAUGAGGGCCGUCCGUCAUGUAGCUUGUGCAAAGAGAGCAACUCAGUCUGUGUCUAUAAGGAUGUUCCCCCUCAUAAGCAUGAACGCUCGACUCAGUUGGUUCUUGACCGUCUUAAGCAGUUGGACGAUCGAUUCAACGAUAUGUUAAAGGGUCAGGCAGAGCAAGAUUUGAAACUAGAAGCCUUGAUACGUGCUCAGAAGAUGUCACCAUUUAGCCCUAAGCUUGAAAAGAAGCCCGAGGUAGCCCAAAAGACACCGACGCCUGUGGAACAAGAGCGGACCUCUCCACAAGCCGCAGUUACAAGCGAAGCUCCGAGUGGAAAGCAUAUAAAGGACGAGCAUAUCGAUCUACAUAUCGACGAUGAUGAACUAUCCAUUCCUAUCGAACACACCACCGCAGCCCACAAGCUUCUCUUAUGGCCAUCAAUACAAAAAUUACUACCUGAACGAAUUGACGCAGACUAUGUUAUGGAAUUAGAAGAGGAACGAGGUCCCAUCAGGCCCUAUGGCCGUGGUGAAGGUGAAGACGGACAUGAUAUCAACGUUUACCCGCUUAGCCCAAAGCUUCGGUCUCCAAGCCCGCGAGAAGACGAAGGAUACCAAACCCGUUCUCCCAGCACUGGAUAUGGGACCGGACUAGAAAUUUAUCAAUCAAAUCCCACUUUGCGUGUCCCGAAGGAGCGCCAGGUAGGUGGCCUCAAUGCUUCUGGCGUGCUUAAUCUUGAUGCCGACGUUAUUGAGAUGCAUCGCCAAAGCUAUCUCCAGAAUAUGCAUAUUUUGCACCCUUUCCUUGGCCAGGAUAGCCUUAACAACAUGAUUACAAAUUUCAUCCGGACAUACAGCCCCCAGUCUAAAACUAUGCCAACACCCCUAGCCUCGCGAGCUGAUCCGGCAUCAGGUGUUCAUAGAGUCCAAAAACGAAAGCGAUCUAUUGACAUGACGGACGGAUACCCUGAGUCACCUGUGUCAGACAGCUUCUCUCCUCAUGGCGGCCAUGAAAUACAACGUUCGCUAGAAAAUGCAAUCGUUUUACUGGUGCUGGCUCUUGGCUCUAUAUGUGGAUAUAAAGGGCCUAUCCCCGGCCCGGUACGCCACGUUCAGUUUGGCCCUUUCACACCUGUAAUGGGAGAUCAUUCUAUAGCCGUGUCAAACUCCCCGCCUGAGAGUAUGCCAUUCGCAAACCAUCAUAGACGAUUUUCUACGCAGUCAACCCAUGUUGGUCCAGACCCGCCCGAUGUAAGGAAUAUGGACGUCAUUCCUGGAAUGGCAUAUUAUGCACUUGCCUCGGACAUUUUGGGAAAUUUACAUGGGGGCAAUGAUCUGGCCCUUGCUCAGGCUUGCCUUCUCGCAGCUCUGUAUACAGGACAACUUGCGCACCCUUUUUCUAGCCACGGAUGGAUCUAUCAAGCAGCCCGUGCCUGCCAGGUUUUGGUUCGACCGCGAAAAUAUGAUUGUAUGCCUGAGGGUCCAAGAAAGGAUUUGAUAUGCCUAGUUUUCUGGACUUGUCUACAACUCGAGAGUGAUAUAUUGGCAGAGCUUGAUUUGCCAGCCAGUGGGAUAAGUCGACUAGAAGGGCGCAUGAAUUUCCCGCGAGGUGUUUUUGCACAUACCAUCCCAAAUGAAAUAUAUGCGCCUAAUACCAUGAUGAUGAUGUAUUAUCUUGUUCAAAUUCACCUCCGGAAAGUUCUUAACAGGAUCCAUACCGACCUGUACAAGGCCGAAAAGCAAGGAGGUGAAAAGGCCCGCUGGUCAACUAAGAUCCAAGAAGCUCUAAGCUUCAAUCUCGAGCAAUGGCGUAGCGGCCUUCCAGAAUACAUGCGAUGGGAAGAUUCCGACCCGCCGGCAAAAGACAUCAAUACCGCACGUAUGCGCGGGAAGUACUACGGUGCAAAAUAUCUUAUCCACCGACCUCUCCUACACCAUGCCCUACAUCCAAUGGCCCCUAAACCUCGCAACGCUGUCCCUGCCGCCUCUCCGGCCCAGUCCACUGUGUCGAGCUCGCAGUCUCAGCCGCCCUAUAGUGACCAAUAUAUUUGGAACCCGCCCAUGCGUAAUCAAUUUGGCAACAUGCUUGUCUUAUCAGCAACUUACACCUCCCAACUUUCCGCCCUCGUUGAUGGUGAAAAGCUCUACGCCUUACUUAACCGAACUAUCAAAUUCCUGCUACAAAGCAAACAUAUAUCGCCUACCCUACGUAAAGAUGCGGAGAUCCUGACGUUGAUCCGUCGUAAGCUGUUCGAGCAACCUCCGCAGCCGCAGCCGCAGCAACAACCCCCGGCACAACCACAACCCGGUAGCUUCUCCAGUGAUCGAUGA